CAAAGACUUCUCUACAACUCGGCUGAAACUUAACUAAAUCAGGAUUGGAUUUUAUCUUAAGCAGUUUGCAUUCUAAAUACACGCGUGCGCAAUGUUGGUAAAAUCAGAGCUUUCAGUUAAGUUUAGCAUAUCCCGCAAUAAUGUGAAGAGUUCUAAAUUGAAAGCUUUUAUCUUACACACAAUUGACUUUUUAUUAUUCUUUUUUGGAAACAAAAGCUUUUUACCCCUGGGUAUGGUUGACUUAAGUUUCAAACACUAAGAAAAAAUAAGGCUUCAUUUAUAAAUAUGGAAAUUAUUUAAACAAAAAGAAUGUGAGAACAAACAAACCCUGUUUUUCUUUUAUCAAUCUCUUAUUUGUAUACCAGUUACAGUAAAAGGGAACAUUGUAUUUGUUGAAGAGUAUGUAACAGACGGAAUAUUUGCAAUGUUGGGAACUAUAGGGGCUAAGCUUAGGCAUACGUAUUCUAAAGAUCCCACGCAACUCGUCCAAAUUAUUCAAAUUUAUGUUUUAAUUUUACCCUGUAUAGGUAUUGUAGGUUAUAACGCCUCGCGUUUUUUUUCUGACAAAAGAUGGCGCUAAAUAAAAAAUAAUAAAUAAAUAAAAUUCUGUUGUUUGUGGACGUCAGAGGGAUCGUGGCUAGAUGGAUACUGGUAACUACCAGUGAUAGAAAUUUGGAAUUAGGUAGUAGUAAUGAUUCCCCGCCGUAGUAAUUAACACGCCCACUCUAACGCCCACAAACCGCAGAAAUCUGUGGCGUCAAUAAUAUUAUAGUGUGUGUAUUCGUUUAACCUUGUAUAACAAAUUUUUAUCAAUUUCUAUCAACUUACCAAGGAUUUUUUAUCUCGUCUUUUAUCUUGUUUUACCUUGCAAAUUUACUAAAUUUUUAAACGCCGGAAAAUAUAUUUCUAUAUAAUUAUUAUUAAUCUUAUUUAACGUAAAAGCUUUAACCUUUAACCUUUGAAGUACAUUACCGAACUUGGUAAGGAGAGUCCUGUUACACUCAGAUAAGUAUAAAUUAUUUUACCACGAAAAAUGACUUAGUAAAUUAUUGGUGGUGUAAAUGUAUUUGAAGCUUACAGUAGCUUUCGCUUUCAAAUAAUGCUUUUGUCUUGGCUAUAAUUAAAUAGUUUUUUAGUUUCUGUUGUUGUGUACAUACCAAUAGAUAUGUUUUGAAUAAUUAAGGAAAAUGAGUGAAAAUAUUAAAGUUGUAGUCCGAUGUCGACCUAUGAACCAAAGUGAAAAUGAAAAAAAACGUGAAGUAAGCGUUUGUAUUUAUUACUAUUAUCUUGUUAAAAAUAUAAGUAUCAUUUUAACAAGCAAGGAAGAUAGCUCGAGUACUUUAAAUAUCACCAUUGCCUUACAGUUCAAAGCAUUUCAGCUCAAUUAUGUAGUCGUACGAUUUUUAAUUAUCCCUCUUAAAACACAGGUUAUAAAAAACACACAAUGCAGUAAUUAGCGUUAAGCUGAGUCAUACUUCUAGACUCUGCUCAAUUAUUAUGCUAGAAUCGAUUAUAGGGUGAAUAUUAUUACAAUGUGUUUAUUGCAACAUUACAAACAUUGGACAAUUAUUUUUUAUUUGAAGCACGUAAGCUCUAUGAUUUAAUAAUCCUGUUCUUUAUUUAAAAUGUAAUUUAUUUUCUUAGAAACUGUAAUUAUACCCGUUAUGGUACACAGUUUCCAGUGACCAGUUUCUUUGCUAAAACAUAAGAACAUAUUAACAUAAAUUACUAAUGAAAUUUUAAAACGGCAUAACAUUUUUAAAGUUAAAACUUUAGCUCAGGAACUGUAAGACAUUCAUAUACAGCAAGAAGAAAUUAUAUUAGAUUACUUCACUACUAGAAACCUGUUAUUCUGUUAACAAGUUUUAACUUUUCUGAUUCGGGAUAAUUUGGAAAAAUUUACCAAGAAGUUGAGCUCAAAUCAGAAAUAAAAAGAAUAUUGUUGAAAUUAAUGAAUAUUCAGUUUCUGUGGCAAAUCCGUCAGCUAGCCUCACCCAAAAAAAAAUGUUCACAUUCGAUAGUGUUUAUAAUACGAUUACGAAAACUGAUGUUAUUUAUAACGAAAUGUGCUAUUCAUUAGUGGAGAGUACCAUCGAGGGAUACAAUGGAACUAUUUUCGCUUACGGACAGACGGGUUGUGGAAAAACACACACAAUGCAGGGAGACGGAAACUUGAAUAACAGUGGAAUAAUUCAUAAAUGCUUCGACCAUAUUUUUGAAACAAUAUCAAUGGCAACAAAUGUCAGAUAUUUGGCAUUAGUAAGCUAUUUGGAAAUUUACAAUGAAAGUAUUCGCGACUUGCUCAAUACAAAUGAAAAUACAAGAAUGAUAAAUCACUCUCUCAAAGAAAUUCCAGGUAUUGGAGUCUCCGUUCCCACGCUGACUACUCAUCCCGUUAUUAAUACAAACCAAUGUUACAAUUGGUUAAGUCUGGGGAAUAAAAACCGAGUUACUGCAGCAACAUUAAUGAAUGAAAAGAGCUCACGUUCGCAUACUAUAUUUACUAUCACUUUGGAGCAGUCCCCAUUUUUCUCUAGUGUGGCAUCGGAAAAUAACUUGGGAGGGAUACGUCGCGGAAAACUAAGCUUAGUUGACCUAGCAGGAUCAGAGAGACAAAGUAAGACAGGAGCCCAGGGUGAACGGCUUAAGGAAGCGUCUAAAAUAAACCUAUCACUUUCUGCACUUGGAAACGUAAUUUCAUCUUUGGUUGAUGGUAAAGCAAAGCAUGUGCCCUUUAGGGAUUCAAAACUUACGCGCUUGCUCCAGGAUUCCUUAGGAGGAAACACAAAAACUCUUAUGAUUUCCUGUAUUUCACCAUCAGAGUCAGAUUAUGAUGAAACCCUUUCUACACUUCGUUACGCAAGUAGAGCAAAGAACAUUUCAAAUAAACCAACAAUAAAUGAAGAUCCAAAAGAUGCAAAACUUCGUCAGUAUCAAAAUGAAAUAUUACAUUUAAAAAGAAUGCUCGAAGAGACUCAACAAAAAAGCCAUUACAGAAAUAACGAUAAAAUUAAAUCAAACGAACUACCCAUGGCAAACUUAAAUGAUAAAUAUUUUAAUUCCAAAGAACAUGUUGACAUUAUUAGAUCAAUUCAAGAUAUAGGCGUGUCUGUUAAAACAUUGAAAUCAAUAUCCACUAAGCCAAGUGUCUCUUCUGUCCAAGCAGCAGACGAUAUGCAACUUCAAGCCAGAAGUCGCAUCGACUUCAUUAAACGAACUUUAAUUGGAGGUGAGCGCGUUAAUGAUUUAGGCCUAAAAGAAAAGCACAAGGCUCAAAAAUGUGCAGCACAACGGCACUUAAGUGCCAUAGCAUAUGCAUUAAGUAGAGUCAAAUGUGAUGAUCGAGAGCUUUUGCAGGGACAUUAUGCAAAUAUUACCCAAGAAAUAAAUAUAAAAAAUGAUCACAUUAGCAAAUGUAAAGAAAAAAUUAAAAUGCUUGAAAUGGAAGUUUCCGAUUUAAAUUCAGAGUUUCAGUUGGAUAGGGAGGAUUAUUUAGACGAAAUUCGAAAUCUUGGACGUCAUAUACAGUUUUAUCAGCAAUUGCUUUGUAAAUGUUACCCACUUUUUCAAAAAAAUGGAAGAAACUGGACUCCGGAAACUGUAAUGCAAAAUUCUUCAUGGAAUGAGGAUCUGAAAACUUGGAGGAUUCCAGAAAUCGAUUCAUUAAAACUUCCCCCGGCUACUUUAAAAUCUGGAGUGUAUCGUAUUCAAAAUUCAGGGUUUGGCUGUAAUAACUUUAUGUAUGUAAACGAAAACGCCAAGCAAGAUGUUAAGGCAACUGAAAUAAAAAAUCCAAGCAAUUCAAAAGAAAAAUUCAACAUCAAUAUACAAAAUAACUACUUUCGAACAAGUCGACACCAAAUUAAGAAUUCAAAGAACUCGGAAACACUUCACAACAAUUAAACGGUUAUGAUAAAACCACAUAGUUAAGGGAUAAUUAUUCUGUUAUUUAUAUAUUAACAAAAAUAUUUGUUCCAUUCUAGAAGGAGAAAAAAUAUACUUUGGACACAUAUUUUCUUUGUAAUUUAUAAAAGGCUUACAGAAUUUGUAUAAGAAUAUUGCACAAUGCGCGAAAUGCUCAGCACAACAUAUGUACUCUAAGAGCUACUUGUUACUUGGGGAUUUUUUAUGGUUCAUCAAUCUAUCACUCCCAAAAGUCAUUGGAGAUUAUAUAAACAUUUUAAAUAUUCCCAAUAUUUAAAUUUAACAAAAUAAAUAUUUCAUUAGGAGGAACGCAUUGACUAUUUACGCACAUAUUGACACGAUAACUAGAGGGGUAUUCAAGUAUGUAUACCCGAAAAAGUAUAUGUACAUUUAAAAAUGUUAUAUCAUUAAUUAUAAACUUCAAUCAAUACUAAGCGUGAAGGCAAAUAAUAUGUUCAAAUAACACUAAGUGUUAUCCUGCAGGAGUCUCUAGCGAUAAUAGAUAUCGCCAACUUAAGUUGUUUAAAAUAAUGGUGUUCGAUGCAGCAGUAACCAUAAAUUGAUAAAUUUAAAUAUCAUUGGCUAAUGUUUGUUUUGAUGAAAUUUUGUAUUCUCCUAUGUUUGUAAGCAGGGCGAUCGCGAAACAGCUUCGGUACCAAGCGUGGAGGCAAAUAAUAUGUUCAGAUAAAAGAACGUGUUAUCUUGCAGGAGUCUCUGCAAGAUAAUUUAAUUUAAUUUAAUUCCCCAAAACAAUAAUUAGUGUUACAAAUGCUUUUAGAUGCACAAAAAUUCCGGUAGUGAAGUAUAUACUAUUCAUGACGACGAUAAUGAAUUACUUAAUAAUUUACGAAGUAUUAUAUUUCGUCAAAAAAAAUUCGUAAGAAGGGUUUGAAUUCAAUAGAAUUCUCCUAAUUGUUUAUAAUAAGAUUCCUUAAUAUGAUAUACUAUCAAUAUUUUCAUGGAUGACUUUAUUACUUAGUACAUAUAUAGUAAAUGUGUUCAAUACAAAUAUUAAUAAACCUAUCUCUAUACCUAUCUAAUUUAUAGUAUACAACCUACCAGAUAUAUUUCUUAGAACAAAUAAAUGGACACUAUAAUUGACUUUAAUGUAAGUAGGUGUCUUUGUAUUAAAUUGUACAUACUAAGUUAAAAAGUGAUUAAGUAAAUAUAUAUAACGCACACCCUAA